AUGUACGAGCAACAGCCAACAGGCAUUUCACCAGAGCGUGUGAAAGGAGAGGCGAUGGAUCUCAGCAAAACCAACACCCGAGAGUACAUUUUGCGUCCUGAGGCACUUGAAGGCGUGGAAGAUCCACAAUGUGAGAAAUUCAAAUUGAUCAACUGCACUUGCAAAGGUCUUCCGUGCAUGGAUGCGCCAGCAUUGCCUUUGCCCGAACUAUGGCGCCUACGCACGCCAUCCUCCUUGGUGCGUGGUGUGGCAUUGUUGAAAGAUGUGGGAGCAGCUGGUGGCGGUGUGAAAAGCGUCGCUGAAAUACGAGGACCUGGGAUAGCUCCUGUGGAUGGCUUGGCCGAAAUCCUAUUCCCAACAGGUCUUCCAUCAAGAGCUAUGAGCUUUUCCACUGUGAUGACAGAUAGCUUUACACAUCGGACUUAUGUGGGUGUCCAAAUUAGCAAACAAAACGAACAUGGCGAUAGUCCUGAUGGACUUUCGAAGCCUACUUUGGCUACUUGUGCCUGGUCCGAGCUUCCGGAAGUGGCCGCACCACACUUUUUGAAGCUCAUGGAAGCCGUUCAGCAACAUCCAAAGUGCGCCCAAAUCUGGGCUUGGCUCGUGAAUGAUGUACCGGCACCACCCCCAGGUACUGCUCUGGUUUUGCAUGGAAUCACGGUUUCGGGUCUAUGCGCGGCAUCGCGAGUUGCUCCUGCAUGUCUUCCAGCAGUCCAUGUCCCCUUGCAGCAUCUCUUGACACGAUUGAGUGUAUCAUCCGUGGUCUUGCUGACCCGCUUGUUGCUCUUGGAACAGAAGGUGCUUUUUGUUGGCUCAUCUGUUGCACUGUUGACAUCAGCAUGUGAAGCCUUCUCGUCAAUUCUUCUGUUUCCUUUGGCAUGGGUGCAUUGCUACAAUCCACUCUUGCCAUCCACAGACUAUUUAGCCACACCACCACCUUUCCUUUUUGGCUGCUUGCGUGAGAUCAUCUUGAAAGAGACCUUUGCCGAUUCCAACGACCUUGCCACCAGCGAAUUGCUCGCUCCACUCAGCCAGAGAGACUUUACCAUCUUCGAUUUAGACACGGGCGACGUGUAUGUGGCUUUCUCUCAUGGAGAAGAUCAUUUGCCCGAUCUUCCAGAUGCAGCCCAAAGUCGGCUGCGAUUCAGCUUUACCGAGCUGAGAUCUCAGCUUGAAGCACAGCAUGAUGUGUGGCAGCAAAUUCCAGGUAGAAGUACAGGAUUUACAGAACCUGAGAACUUUGGAGAUGCCGUACAAAAGAUCUACUUGACCUUUAUGGCCGACCUCUUGGGGGAUGUUGCCGGUUCUUUGGGGCCUCAGUGCGACACAGCAACUGCAGCCUCAGUGCUUAGUUCUUUUCAAGAAGGCCAUUUCCUCUCAGGUGUGUCAGCCAAGGACAAGCCGUUUUUUGAAGCCUUGAUGCAGACCAAUGCCUUUCUUGCCUAUUUGCAGACUCUGCACCUCUUUGGCACCUCGGAGUCUCCAUUUGCCGAGGCCCUUCGAAGUUUGGGCCACAAGAGGAGCGCUUCGCGCUUGCCACUUCCGCCUCCUCGUCCUCGUGAGGGAGCUGUGAGUCCGAGCGCCAUGGUUGUGUUGAAGCCGGGAGCUCCAGCUGCGCCUUCUGGAGCGAUGGACACUGCGAGUGGUGCAGCUUCUGCUCCCCUGCAGCUCCAUUUGUGCUUUCCAAGCUCCCAUAUGGAGCUGGAAAUUGUGCUUUCCAAAGCUGGAAAGGAACGUCCCGAAGAGAUCCUUGCCUUCUCGAAAUGCACAUGGGCCGCUGUUCAUGGCACCAAGGUGGAGACAGCAAGUGGAUCGGACAAAACACAUCGAAGUGCAAGUGAAAGCAGCGAGCUUUGUGGGUCCGACCUGAUUCUUGGCUUUCGGAAGGCUGCAGAGGAAGAGAGAGAAAAUUAUACUGGAAGCUGGGAGAAGCUCUUGAGUGAUUUGUACAAAGUGGACAAUGCUGACAAGAUUGAAACUCCCGAACAUCGUUGGUCUCUGUUGCUUCUAUAUGCAGCUCUCUCAAGAAAAAUGGGCGCUUCAAAGGAAUUCUUAUUGAAAGCGCACUUGGCGAUUGAUCGUCCAGCUGCGGUGCCUACGCACCGGAUGCUUGAACUGAUGAAUGGCAUCGAGCCCCACAGCCUGUCAGACCUCUUAUCGGAGGCGGAUGAACAAAGCAAAUGCCUUCGCCAUGUUUCACACAUUGAAGAAAGCGAAUCUUCGAGGAAAGGAAAUGCUUCGGCACGCUUUGCUCGACGACUUCUGGCCAUUUCAAACCCCUCAGCUUUGGCAUCAGCGGAAGCUGCUAGAGAUCCACUCGCUGCUCUUGCAUUUGUGUGUCCCGACGAGGAGAACACUCCCGUUGAGCCUCCACUUUACGAAGUGGAAAAAGUGGCCGCACCACGUGUCGAACUCCUACCCUUUAAGGGUCCCAAAGAGACAUCAGUGCUGAACCAUCGGCGUUUUUGCAGUUGGACAGACCGCAGCCCCGAAGUCUUGUCAGCACAGCUAGUGAGAGAUGUGUACCGUGCCUGUGUGGCUGCUGAGAAGGGUUCCAGCAAGGCUUUCAAGCUGCUUGAGAGGUUGAGUGAGCCUUUGGCUGAAUUACAGUGCUGUAGUUUGCAGGGAAAGAAUCACGAUGUCCGCUUAAGCUUUUGGCUGAAUUGCCUCAAUGCGGCAACACUCCUUGCAGCUUUGGCUCCUGCACGGAUUGGUAUUCCAGAGCGACCUUCUCAAGCCUCAGAUUGGGCAGAACUCAUCAGAACUGCCCAACUGGAAGUGCAAGGUGAACUUGUGAGCCUGGCGGACAUGGAAGAAAUCAUCCGAUCUCAAAACGAGGUCUCAACACAAGAUCCCAUUCUCAAAGACGACGAAGGACGAGAAGGACGAGUGAGCUACGGUCGCUACGACGAAGGUCGCGACGAAGGAGCGACGAAUCGCGGCGACCAAUCGGGGCAACCAUCUUCAGCCGUUCUUCGUUCCUUUCACCUGAAACGUCCCGUUCCCUUGGCGUCUUUUGCAAUUCAUCGGCCAACAGCACGUGGCUUUCCACCCUUACGUGUUUUCCAGGCCAAGCACCUUCAAGCUCAGCUAGAGCUGAAUGCAGCGCAAUUCCUGGCCACAGAGAUGCAGCUGGACUUUUGGCGCAAAAAGGUGACUCUACCGGAGAGCCUCCGGUGGCAUUUGGCCGACUUUGGGGGGGAAGCCAAUUUGCUGGAGAAGUUCUCGAGCCUUCUGAAGCAUGCUCCUGAACAGGCCGAGCUCUUGAAGGAGACCUUACCCGAGCUCCCGAACCUGGGUGAUCGUCCAGAUCGACUCCGUAUCGAGUAUCAGGAAGUCCAAUGGACGUUUCAGAUCUCAAGUGCUCCGUUUCAGGCCAACUUCACCAGCAAAAGAAGUGGUUGUGGGUUCCAAAUGGGUACGCGUCUCUGA